AUGUGGCAGCACCUGCGGGGGCUCCUCACCGCGAACCCGCAUCUGCCGCUCCUCGUGACUGGGCACAGCCUCGGCGGCGCCAUGGCGCUCCUUGCCGCCGCGGAUCUUGCGUCGCAGUCGUCCUCGGUCGGCGCGGUGCCCCGCAUCCAGCUGUACACGUUCGGGGCACCGCGCGUGGGGAACGAGGAGUUUGCUGACUGGGUCACCGCAGUGUUCUGCAACGGCGGUCACGAGUCGUACCGCGUCACACACAACCGUGAUGUUGUUUCUCACGUUCCUUCGAUGCUGUCCGGUUUCAAGCAUGUAUCACAUGAAGUGUGGUAUGACAAUGACGGUAACGCGAGCUACCGAAGCUGCAAGGAUGAGAGUGGCAAAAACUGCUCUUCUAAAGACGUCAGCGAGGACCCGGAGUGCAGCAACAGCAUCAUUCUCAUAUCUGCGAAUGAUCACCUGCUGUAUCUGGGAGUGUGUACUUCGUGCUCCUGUGAUGAAGAAUCGGUGGGUGCUGCGGAAAUGGAGGAAGCGAGUCUUUUGGUUGAAAAGAAAGUUUACGCGAAGUCCGCGUUUCGUGGGGAAAGCGAUUUGGGUGGGAAAGACCGACUACGCCGCCGUGCUGAGGUGGAGCACGAUGUAGUUGGCCGCUACAUACGUCAUCUACAAGCGGCGCAAAAAAAGUAG